AUGCAAGCCCUCUACGUGCUUCUUCCACUACUGGCAGCCUUAAGCCUUUCGAAAGCCCAUGAGGUCGAAUCAGAAGAUGCCAUUUUCGAUGCUACGGGAGUGCCCCAGUGUAUUCAAGCAUGUCUCUCAGAUCUCCUCUACGCAGUUACCGAAAUGAUUCAUUUACAGAAUCCCGUGGCGAAGUUUCCAGGAUUAUGCGAGACUUAUCGCAAGGCCUCAUCAUGCAUCGAGAACCAGAAGGAGGCUUGCGUACAAACGACUCUUUUCGAGAUAGCCCUAAGUGGACUUGACGAGCUCUGCAACGAUAGGGAAGAAGACCUGGCACCUCAUAAGGAAUGUCUCGACCGACAUGCUGAUUUGAUCCUGAAAAACUGCGACCACUCUUGUCAUCUUACCAGUGUGUUGUCGCAUUUGGCAGAAAACGGAGAUGCUGAAGCUCUGCAGAAACUCGAGGAAGAUCAUGAAGCACUGAAGAAGGAGCUCUCAAGCCUCUGUACCACAUUCGGAUGUAUGUCAUCGUGCGUUGCUCAUGAUCUCAAUGUCCAAUGCUCUCCUGUUGGGACCAUCAUUACGGAAUCUCUUCUGAGACCUUUUCACACCGCUGCAACUAUUUUCGAAGAAAUCGGUCCUCGAGCGAAGAUCUCAAUUUAUCGUCAGAUUCCACCGCAAUGCUAUUAUCUGACCAAUCUCAAAGAUGUCCAAGGAAUUGCUGAAGGCAGACAGCCUCCAAAGCCAUCAGACUUAAAACCCGAAGACGCCAUCCUGAAAGAGAUCAGGCUUAGAGAGCAGCAACGGAAGCAAAAGAAAGCUGAACUUGAGCACCUGUUCUUGAUGGAUGCGAAGCAAGGAUAUUAG